AUGCAGCUUUAAAAUUCUAUAAGAAAGCUAGUUUCUGCCACUCUUUGUUUUGUCCAAAUUCCCUUUCCUCUUGUUCCGCCUUGUAAAAUGCAUGCUACUUGAGUUUGUGAUCAGGGAUCAAAAUUCAAACUUUUUUUGUAAAGCUCGUUGGGUUGUGCAAACAUAGUUCAGAGGAUGGCUCAUCAACAAGCAAGUAUUCACGUGGGGAGUGGGACUCUAAGAACAUACGGCAAUUGGCGUUCAAAAACUAGAAAUAACAAAGAGCAGAGAAGUGGAAAGGUCGAAGAAAAACAGAGAACGGAGAAGAAACGACAAGGAAGAAGAAGCUGAAGCAGGUGGGGAGACUACAGUUGACCAAAUGGAAGUGGCCGGAGACAUGGAAGUGACCGGCGAUGUGGUGGUUCAGGAAUAAGGAUAUCGAGGGGCAAUUUCCCAAGGAUGUUGGAGGUGAUCAUUCGGUGAAUGAAAGAAAGACACCGAAUACAAUUCUUGACCCAAAAGGUAUUUCUGGAUCCCUUGUUCUUUUACCUUCCCGUGAUCAAUGAAGACAAGAAGUGUAUUGGGUUAGACAAAAAGUUGUGGAUCACUGCUAUUGUUUUGCGAUCCAUCACCGAUAUCAUUUACCUAGUGCAUAUUAUAUUGCAAUUUCGCACUGCUUUAAUAGACAAGGAACGUGAGAGACAAGGAAAAGGCUUAGAUACAGAUGCUUGGAAAAUAGCUAAGAGGUAUUUGUGGCCCUACUUCCUAAUUGACAUUCUAGCUAUUCUGCCCAUCCCACAGGUGGUAAUUCUGCCUAUCUUUUCGGAAAUGAGAAGCACAAAAUCUUCGAUUAAAGUGCAACUAUUGAACUCUAUCGUUCUCUUCCAAUAUGUGCCAAGAGUAUCUCAAAUCUACCUAUCCUGCAACAGACUAAUAAGAAAUUACUGGAAGUUUGGAAGAAUCAUACUGGUCAAAGUUUCAUUGAAUUUCAUGCUAUACAUCCUUGCUGGUCAUGCAUUGGGAGCCUCUUGGUAUUUUUUCUCUACUCAACGACUGGCGGCUUGCUGGCACAUAGCAUGUGACAAUCAUAGUGAAUGUGUUGGAAGUUCUUUUAACUGUGACCACAAUUUUAAAAAUAUCUCUUUUAUAGAUGACAUUUGUCCUAUAAAUAUUGCAAAUACAACGUCGUUUAACUUUGGAAUAUUUCUUGAAGCUCUUCAGUCAGGUGUCUUAGAAUCCACAGAUUUUCCACAAAAAUUAUUAUACAGCUUUUGGUGGGGCAUGCGAAACUUGAGUUCACUUGGUCAAAACCUCCAAACAAGUAGCUAUAUAUGGGAAAAUUGCUUUGCAUUUGGUAUUUCCAUCUUUGGGUUGAUACUAUUUCUAUAUUUCAUGAUGGGAUAUUCGCAGAUGUACAUGCAGUGGAAAGCAAAAAAAGAACAAGAAGAACGCAUGAGGAGAGAACGACUAAAAAUCCUUUCAUUGUGGAUGUCCAAAUAUGGCUUUGAUAUUCCAACAAAAGACAGGAUUAUUGGCUACGUAGGUCAGAAUUAUGAAGCAGACGAAGACGUUUAUGUAGAGACCCUUUUACCUCGUCUUCCUCCUGAACUUCAAAGCGUUGUCAAGCGCCAUAUCUGCUUAAAUCUGCUCAAGAAUCUGGAUAUCAUAAAAGACAAUGUGUUGGCUAGGCAAGAACAACUGUUGCUUAAAAUCUGCGACUCUCUUAAACCAAUGUUCUACAACGAGCACUGCUGCAUUGUUAGGGAGACAGAUCCAAUUGAUAAGGUAUUGCUUGUUACAGAUGGCAUUGUACGCACUUAUACAAGCAAUAAUGGUGAUGAGCGUCUUGAAAAAGGUCAGUACAUUGGAGGAGAACUUCUUGAAUGGGUUAUGAAACCUACCUCCAACGACAUGCGCAACCUAUCCAUACUUCCUGUAUCAUCAAAAACCCUCAAAACCCACACAAAAGUGGAAAUCUUUGCUCUAGAGGCCCAUGACUUGAAACAAAUAUUAGGCCCAGAGCAACUGUCCCUGGUACAACGAUUCCAGCGCUCCAGGCAAUUUCUGUCCCAGGCAGCUUCACUUGUACAGUUUAAGAAAACUUGUUUUGAUUGUCUGAUAGAAUCCAUCAAAGCCUGACAGUACUAUUGUUGCAAAGCAAUAGUUUGUUUUGAUGUCUUUGUAGUAUUUUGUUUUUCUAGUCAUAAGGUUGCUACUUGUUUCUCAAUUAAACUCACUCUUUUUAUGAUC